UUCAGUCUGGUUUCAGGGUGUACUAUACUGAACAUCCGCCUAGCAACCGACUUAGAGAAGUCAAUAGUUUUUAUCUCGUACUAAAAAUCGUAAUAAUAUAAAAUUAUUGCUUUUCGCCGAGCUUCGCACAAUUUUAAUGUACCGUAAAUAAAUACAUUUACUUGCAAUGCAUUUACUUCGGCUCUUUUGCUUGUUAUCGUUAACAAAUGGACAUCCUGCCCAGAAUGGGCACCACUCGUUAAUAACUGAUAAUCGUCCGCACUUGCUGCAAGCAGAUGAGCCGGAGCUGUAUGCCAUGGCGGGAACCAGGAAGACCGAAGUUAACUGCGAAAUCGACGACAGUUCAAACUCCACAUCCGUUACGUGGUUUCGCAAUGGAUCCGAGAUAAUUCCUUACGGGGAUCCUGACAACCGACGCUUCGUCACCAAAAAGGCCGGUUUCGUGCUGGUGCUGCAUAAUUUAACGUUAUCCGAUCAUAACAGCGUCAUCGGCUGCCGAUUAACCAACGCACACGGUACAACAUGGCAUAAUGUGACCUUGAUAGUGAUUUCUGAGGCAAAAAUACCAGGACACCCCCGCAUGCCCAGUAUAUUUGAGGACGACAACGUGGAACAAGCAAAACAGGAUGAACCGCAAGCGCCGUACUUUUUCAUGCAUUCCGGAACCAAAACGCUGGAAUUUAAAAUGACAAAACUGGUGGGUGCCAGCGGAUUAUUGGGAUGUUUGGCAGUGGGAUACCCGCAGUCGUUGGUCGUCUGGACGAAGGACGGGGCGGUGGUUCAUAAUAGUACGAAAAGGAUUUCCGUGUCUCAAGAAGACUUCUCCCUGCGGAUCGAAGAUCUGCAAGCGAGCGACAGAGGGCAUUACCAAUGCACUGCCACAAAUAUUUACGGAUCAGUAGUGGCGAAAUACGCUCUUGCUGUCGUCGACAUUAAAAGCUGAUCGGGAAAAGACAGCAUGCGUCAGCCAGUUAAUGGUUUGCGCGUGCAUCUGGAAGUUCCUCCCGCAUAAUCCGUUAUCAAGCAGACGACGCGAUGCCAGUCAUGCAAUUGCCUGACUGCUUGUUCACUUUCGAGGUGGUCGAUCGCUGCCCGUUCUUACUUUUUGCUUGUUUCUCGGAACCAAUCAAGCACCUACGUACAUUAAAGUAUGUAAAGUGAAA